AUGGUUCAUGUGUUGUUACGCUUAGUAAUCCGUGGUGAAAAGGAUGAACAAGCAGUGUUGUGCAGCAAAGAUAAAACUUACGACAUGAAAAUAGCAGAUACCUCAAAUAUGCUGCUGUUUAUUCCUGGUUGCAAAACUCCAGAACAGCUGAAUGCAGAUCAAGGAUCUUGUAAUAUUAUUCAUUCACAGAUUGCUGGCUUCUCCAAUAACUAUUGGGAAUUAAGGAGAUGUCGACCUAAACUGAAGAAACUGAGGAAGCUUUUAAUGGAAGAUCCAUAUGAAGGGCCAGAUAGUCAGAAAGAUCAGACUUUGGCAUUUUCAAAGUAUACAACAGAAGAUUUGUUAAGUCUGAUUCAAGCAAGUGAAGAAGAAAUACUGCACCAAUUGCAGGUUAUAGAUGCCUGCAAAAUUGAAGGACAUUGGAGAAUUCUAGAAUUUGACUAUGAGAUGAAACUCUUGAAUCACGUGACUCAGCUAAUAGACUCAGAGUCCUGGUCUUUAAAUAAGGUUCCUUUACGUACCUGCCUUGAGGAACUUGGAUCAUUAGAGCCCACAGAGAUGAUAGAACAUAUUCUUUUAAGCUAUGGAAGGAAAUACAUUGAUGAUGGGGAGGUUUACUUUGAAAUGCAUGAAGAUAAAAUAUGCAGAGCUAUAGCACAAAUGCUUUUGCAAAAUGCAGUUAAAUUCAAUCUAUCAGAGUUUCAAGAAGUCUGGCAACAAAGUGUCCCUGAAGGGAUGACAACAAGGCUUGAUCAGCUUAAGGGCUUGGCUCUUGUGGAUAAAAGCUCAAGACCAGAGACCAUCUUUCUGCUAAAAGUAGAAGACUUACCCGAAGACAAUCAGGAGAGAUUCAACAGCUUGUUCAGCAUACGGGAAAAGUGGACAGAAGUGGAUAUUACCCCUUAUAUACAAGACUUAUGUGCAGAGAAGCAAACAGUUGGUGCUCUUCUGACAAAAUAUGCUCGCUCCUCAAUGCAGAAUGGUGUUAAAGUUUAUAAUUCUAGAAGACCCAUCUCAUAACAAGAAUUGUUUUAAGAACUGAGAAUACUGAAUGGAGUAAGAGUGAAUGUUGCUUGUUGCUGCCUUCUGAGGAAAGGAGUUGUCAACAGAUACUAUACAGUGUUCUUGAGUUCAAGCAGCUAAACUUCUUGAAUGAGUUCUGUUUUCUGCUCAGCUAAGUAGAAUGUGAGGGCCCUUGCCUCUUCUAAGAAACUAUAGUGUCAGCAGCCCUUGCCCUUCUUCCUCCACCCCUCUUCCUCUUCCUUUAUGUCUGUAGUUAUGCCAGGAGUCAAGCCCCUUCUUGAAUACACUUUAGCUGUCUAUCCAUAAACUGAAGUCUGACAUUAAAAAUUAAAACCUCCUUGAUAAGAAUUGAAUCAAUUGGAUUGAUUUCAACAGCAAAAUGGAGUGCUUAGUCUUUUGCCCAUUAGUGAGCAUUCUUAAAUUAAGAUUUUGUUGCAGUGUUGACAUUUUGAAUACUGCAGACCUUGACAAGCACAUGAACAAAUUAUUCCUGACUGAGACUACACUAGUCUUAAUUUUGGAAGGUGGUUCUUCUUGUGGUCGUGUCUGUGAAUAACAUUGGCACAAGCUCUUGACACUUUAACACUUGGCAGAAUUGCCUUUUAAAUAUUACAAAAAAACCAAAUUGCAAUCAAGUGUGAAGAUAUGAGAGGACAGUUGGACGUUGUGUUAUGAAUUUCCUAUAAACUGCCAUUAGAACGUAGCUGAUGUAAAAUUAAUGUUUUACAGGAGACUACCUUGGCUUUUCAAAGAGAGCUUGUAAAACUUGGUAAUAUGAUUAUUUUUUUUUUAAAACUUUGUUAGGCAAAAAACUGCGCACAGAAAUUGUCUCUUGAAACUUAGGGUGGAAUAUUAUUCUGUGUUAAGCAAUGAAACAGGAUUUUUUUUUAUGAUAUUGUCAUGAAGUGGAGUGCCUGAAAUUGAAAUUUUAUAAUCAUUAAAAAGGAUUGUUUGCAUGUCAGUGAACCAGAGCUCAAUAUUAGGCAUUUUUCAG